AUGGUCUCUUCCUUGCGGCGCGUCGUCCGCUUGGUCGUCGCGGUCGCGUCGUGCGCGGGGAAGCGGUGGCGGGCGCCGGAGCGGCCCGCGGGCGGGCCGCUGGCGCUCGUCGUCGGGCUGCCGAAGAUGGGGACGACGUCGCUGCGGAACUACUUCCACUGCAGCGGGUACCGGACGUCCCACCAGGCGUGCUCGGACGGGCCCCACUGCGGCCAGUGCGUGAGCGACUUCGUGAGCCAGGUGGCGAAGCUCGGCAUCCGGCAGCCGUCUGCGAUCGGCGACCAGACGAAGUUGUUCCGGAAGGCGUGCGGCGCCUACGACGCCUUCACGCAGCUCGACAGCGUGACGACGUCGGGCUGCGUCGUGCCCCAGGUCGCGCACCUGAAGUCGCUCCUCGUGGCGUUGCCGACCGCGUGCUUUGUGCUCAACACGCGGCCCGUCGACCGAUGGCUCGCGAGUGUCGAGGCGCACGUGACUCCACCGCUACGCGAACUGGAGCAUGUUCGACCGCAUGGUGCGCAACUGCCCCAUCGACGCGCAAAACGGCGCGGGCCUCGCGGCCUGGGCGCGCGCGCACGUCGCGCGGUCGAAAGACCUCGUCGCGAGGAGCCGCUGCGGCGUCGUCGUCGACAUCGAGGCGCCCGUCCCCGACGUCGGCGCGGCUCUCGCGGCGACGAUCAACGACACGCACGCGCGCUGCUGGGGCCAGGCGAACGCGCGACCCAAGGCUCCCGUCGCGCCGGGACGUCGUCGGCGCCUCUCCGACCGGGCCCCUCGCGGCGCGCGGCGGCGGCGCCUCUCCCCAAAAGCCGGAGGUUGGCGGACCAAGGUCGGCGACGUCGACGCGAGCUGCGCCUUCGCCGCGCGCGCGGGCCUCGACCCCGACGGGCCCGGGCCGGAGCUCGUCGUCGACUACGACGGCGGCUCGUCCGUCGCGACUUUGACGCCCGGCCGCGGCGGGGACCGGGGCGCCGCGCGCGUCGCGCGCGCGCCGCGGCUCUGCCGCUCCCGAAGCGCUCGAGCGCCGGACGGGACCGCGCCCGCGCUCCUCAUGGCGGCGAGCGACGUCGACUACCUCUUCUUCCACUGGCCCUACUUCCUCAACGCGGGCGUCUACGCGGCGGCGCGGCGCCUGCCCGUCUACCUCUGGCUCGGCGAGCUCCCCGGAGCGCUCCGGGACACCGUGGGGCCGACGUGCGCUCGAUCGCGCUGGCGCGCGGACAGGGGCUUCGACGGCCCGAACUCGAACCACUACACCAAGGUCGUCGCCGCGGCUCUCCUCCUGGACGUCGGCGGCGUGCCGGGCGUCCUCUUCAGGGACAUGGACAUGUUCGCCGUCUUCCCAAACGCUCCGAUGCGCGCGGCCGUCGCCGCGACGGACGUCCACGACGCCCUCAAGGUCGACGUGGCCUUCCCCUGCACGUCCAAGAUCGACCGCGACGCGCCGCGGCGGGGCCGGGGCGGCCCGCCCCGCGGCUUCCGCCUCAAGAGCACCAAGUUCUACCUCCGCGACUCGGCCGCGGCGCGCGACCUCCUCGACGCUUGGCUCGACCACCGCUGCGGCCCCAAGGACCAGAUCGCCCUCUGGUACGCGACCUACGCCCUCGCCAAGGACCGCGGCUGCCUCAACUACGACGCCGCCCAGCUCGUCAACAUGUCCUACGCCGAGGCCUACCACACGGAAAGGCCGGGCCUCAACUACCUCUUCAAACGCUGCCGGCCCUUCCGCUUCGCCUGCGGCCGCCAGUUCGUCAUGCCCGACGUCCUCCACGAGGGCGCCUUCCCCCGCGCCGACGGCGUCGACGUCCCGAUCCACCACCGCGAGCGGACCAUGCGCGUCGUCCCGCGACGCGACGGUAGUCCCGUCCUCGACGCCGCCUACCGCGCCAGCCUCGGCCUCGACGCCCUCGACGGCCCCUAG